ACAUCUCUGGCGGGGCAUCCAAGGUAGCGACACUGUCAAGCCAUUCAGUCACAGUUUGACAACUCUGUGUAGCCGGCGGAGCAUACUAAAGUUGUACAUCGCAUCGUGGAUUAUCAAGAGGUCUCAAGUCAUUCGUUCUUAGCCCAGCUAUCCUACCGUCGAGUCAGCGCAUCAUGGAGGCCGAUAUCAGAGCUGUGCUGCCGCACAUCGACCCCGUAGUCUCCGAGUACUCUGUGGGCUACCUGACCCAUGCGUCAACUUCCUACUUGGACGAGGAGGAUGCAUCGGGCGAGUCACCACUGAACGAGGCUGCUUCCACCAUCACCGAGCUCCUACUGUCCGCAUCUGGCCAAGUUAAUGCUGAGCUGGAGGAGAAGAUCAAGCAAUUGGUCGAGAAAUGGGUCGAUAAGUACACUGAGGCCAAUGGAGGCCAGAGACGAGGACCUUCGACGGUCAAGCGCCUAGACCAGACUAUCCAGGUGAGCCAGCAGCGCAACAUGUCGUCCACCUUAGCUGUGGCGACCGGUGGCGUGGACCUGGAGUCUGCAAACGCAAGGAAGGUUGAAUCCAAGGUCGAUCGCAAGAAGCUUGAGAAGGCAGAGAGAAAGAUUGCCGCCAAGCAGCAGAAGAAAACCUUCAAGACUGUCGAGUAUGAGGCAUCCAAGCUGCUUGACCAACCCGAGUCGACCCAGUCAUACGAAGAGUUCUAUAUGGCUGUCAACCCUCUGCAAAUGGGCUCCAGCUCCGCAAACAAGUCAAAGGAUAUUAAAUUGGACAACAUCGAUGUAUCGAUCAGUGGAAACCGCAUUCUUACAGACACAACGCUUACUCUCGCCUAUGGCCACCGGUAUGGUUUGGUUGGUAACAACGGUGUUGGUAAAUCAACACUGCUUCGAGCUCUGUCUCGCCGUGAGGUUGCAAUUCCACUCCACAUCUCCAUUCUGCACGUUGAGCAAGAAAUUACUGGUGACGACACCCCAGCCAUCCAGGCGGUUCUCGACGCCGAUGUUUGGCGCAAGGUUCUCUUGAAGGAGCAAGAUCAAAUUACGGCUCGCCUGGCAGAGUUGGAGAAGCAACGUGCUUCUCUGGCCGACACAUCUGCUGACGCGGCCAGAAUCGAUCGUGAUAGAGAGGCCCAGGAUAUCAAGUUGGGAGAUGUUCAGUCCAAGUUGGCCGAAAUGGAGUCAGACAAGGCCGAGUCACGAGCUGCUAGUAUUCUUGCUGGUCUCGGUUUCUCAACAGAGCGACAGCAGCACGCCACCAAGACCUUCUCUGGUGGUUGGAGAAUGCGUCUGGCCCUUGCCCGAGCACUGUUCUGUGAACCUGACUUGCUUCUUCUUGACGAACCGUCUAACAUGUUGGACGUUCCUUCGAUUACAUUCUUGUCCGAGUACCUUCAAACAUACCCCAGCACUGUCCUCGUUGUCUCUCACGACAGAGCGUUCCUCAACGAAGUCGCCACCGAUAUCAUUCAUCAACACUCUCAGCGUCUCGACUACUACCGUGGAGCCAACUUCGAUACCUUCUAUGCUACUCGCGAGGAGCGCAAGAAAGUCGCCAAACGAGAGUACGAGAACCAGAUGGUCCAGAGAGCCCAUCUGCAGGCGUUUAUCGACAAGUUCCGGUAUAACGCCGCUAAGUCAUCAGAAGCCCAGUCACGUAUCAAGAAGCUCGAGAAGAUGCCGGUCCUUGAACCCCCAGAGGCUGAGUACAGCGUCAAGUUCACAUUCCCCGAGGUCGAGAAGCUAUCUCCCCCUAUUGUACAGAUGUCUGAGGUCACUUUUGGUUAUAACAAAGACAACAUCUUGCUCCGCAAUGUUGACCUGGAUGUCCAGCUGGAUUCUCGAAUUGGUAUCGUCGGACCCAACGGUGCGGGUAAGACAACUAUCCUGAAGCUGCUCAUUGGUAAACUGGAUCCUUCGUCUGGUCUGAUCUCGCAACACCCUCGUCUUCGAAUUGGAUUCUUCGCUCAGCACCACGUUGACGCCCUCGACCUCAAUGACAGUGCCGUGGGUUUCAUGUCAAAGAACUAUCCGGGACGAACAGAUGAGGAAUACCGUCGGCGACUUGGUGCUUUUGGUAUCACCGGCACAACCGGCCUGCAGAAGAUGGGAUUGCUCUCUGGAGGUCAGAAGUCUCGUGUUGCUUUUGCUUGCCUGGCUCUUACAAACCCGCACAUUCUGGUUCUUGACGAACCUUCUAACCAUCUUGAUAUCGAAGCCAUGGAUGCUUUGGCUGAGGCGCUCAACGAAUUCCAGGGUGGUGUGCUGAUGGUGUCUCACGACGUCACAAUGUUGCAGACGGUGUGCAAAUCGCUGUGGGUUUGUGACGGAGGCACUGUCGAGAAGUUCCCUGGCGAUGUUCAGGCGUACAAGAAGAGGAUUGCCGCGCAAGCUAAUGCUGCAGGUGUUGUUAAGCAGCAUUAAGUACGUAGCCAAAUUGAUAAGGCUGAUUUUAUGGUCCAGAGAGAUUUGCCCGAUAACUUCGAGACCAGAUAACCUAUUCUAAUGUGUGAUACGAGCCGUUCACGUCGCUGAUUUCAGCUACUCGCUAUUCAGCUGAUGAUAGUUUCCUCUCACAAACACAACAAUCAAGAUUUGACUCAUAUUGUCCGACCCUAAUGGUACUGAUGCAUAAUGCGAGGUUGUGUUACAUGUGAUAUCGAUAAAUUGGGCUCAGACGGAUUUCUAUCAGAGCCUCGAUGAAUAGGCGACAAUUCGCACUCAAUAGCAACAAUGAGCAUCGAGUUUCAAACAAGACCCUUUUAAAUGAUGCACCUACGGAUUCUGCAUCUUAUUUUUAUCAAAGUUCCAACUCCCUUCCUACAAAAAACUUAACUGCGUGCAGCGCUUCAGCUUUAACAAGAAAUACUCAACACUCACAUAUCUUCGGUCUCAAUCAUUGCCUAUCAUGUCAGAAAU